AUGUGCCGCUUCUCUCCUGUCCUCCGCAGGUCCAACCGGGACUGCCAGAUCGACCAGCAUCACCGCAACCAAUGCCAAUAUUGCCGGCUGAAGAAGUGCUUCCGCGUCGGCAUGAGAAAGGAAGCCGUCCAGCGGGGCCGCAUCCCCCCCAGCCACGCCAGCCCCAACAUGGUGCAGAGCGGGGACUUCUACAACGGGCAGCCCGUCUCGGAGCUGAUCUCGCAGCUGCUGCGGGCCGAGCCGUACCCCAGCGCCCGCUUCAGCUCCCAGUACGCCCAGCAGGGCAGCGUGAUGGGCAUCGACAACAUCUGUGAGCUGGCGGCCCGGCUGCUCUUCAGCACGGUGGAGUGGGCGCGCAACAUCCCCUUCUUCCCGGAGCUGCCCGUCUCGGACCAGGUGGCGCUGCUGCGGCUCAGCUGGAGCGAACUCUUCGUGCUCAACGCCGCCCAGUCCGCGCUGCCCCUCCACAUGGCGCCCCUGCUGGCCGCCGCCGGCUUCCACGCGGCCCCCAUGUCCGCCGACCGGGUGGUCUCCUUCAUGGACCAGAUCCGCAUCUUCCAGGACCAGGUGGAGAAGCUGAGCCGGCUGCAGGUGGACUCGGCCGAGUUCAGCUGCCUCAAGGCCAUCGCCCUCUUCACGCCAG